AUGGGCACUCUUAACUCAACAAAGAUGCAGCUUGAAGAAAAAGUAAACAACCUAAAGGAUUUGAUUGCAACCAAAAUUCCUCGUUAUGGAUCUUGGCUCUUGGUGGUCGACAAUGUCAACAGUUCAUUUGACGUACAUGAUUUUCUCCCUCGGCCUGGAAACAACCAGUGGACAAAAGGCCAGUUACUUAUCACAACUCAGAACACUUCAUCUAUCCCCUCUGAAAGUUUCUUUGUCUCUCAUAUUUCAGUGAGCGAAGGCAUGACGCCCAAAGAUGCUAGUUCUUUUUUAGAGAAGGUUUCGGGGAUUAGUCAACAUGGAGUAGAAGAUAAGGUCGCGGAGGCAUUAGAUUACCAACCUCUCGCACUGGCUAGUGCAGGCGUGUACGUAAGAAAGGUUCGUGAAAGUCAAAUACACAGAAACUUUGGAUGGAAGGAGUAUUUAGAAAAACUAGAAAGAGGUAUGCGAACCCAUACUGAAACGAAACUCAUUGAAACCAACCCUUGCUACGGGAAAUCCAUGACCGUUGCAACAAGAAUCGCCAUUGAAAGAGCAGUAAAAAAUGACAGUGUUUUAAAAAAGACAUUUACACUACUCUCUCUAUGUUCUCCACAACCUCUGCAUCUAGACAUCGUUAUGAAUUACAUUUUGAUUGACAAGGAACUGAAUUCAGAUAGAGAAGAAAUUGCUCUUCAGAUCGAAGGCUACUCACUUCUUAUGUUCGAAGAAAGAGAAGAUGGAGUUUUUGUUAGUAUGCAUGGAGUUGUGCAUGAGGUAAGCAAAUCUGUAAUCAACGAGUGUCAGGAUCAUUAUGAACACCUUUACAAACUUGUGCUGACUGUGACGUCAUUCAAUCAAUUCAUAGACACUCAUCUUCCAAACACUUGGCACGACCAAAACUCUAUUCGUGACAGUGAGCAUCUCAUUCCACACUUGACUACGUUUGCUGGAGAAGUUAAAAACGUCUUUCUUCAGCAAAAUAAAGAUCAAGUUAUCAAGGAAGAUGUUUUGAACUACCGGUAUUCAGAACUAUUAGAAUUUUUCAGAAGGCUUGCAAUCAUUUGCCGAAAUCACCGCGAAUUCUCAAGCGCAAAAGCUUUCUGUGAAACAGCGUUGAAACUAGUUGAAAGAGUUAGGGAGGAAGGUGAUUGCGAGAGUACUAGUACUUCAGGCAUUGAGCUAAAAGAACUUGGACCCACACCUGUUGCCCUUGUGGCUAUUUACAAUUUACUGGGCACAGUGCAGCGUGAGUUGGGUGAGUUCCAAAAUUCUGAAGAGAAUCAUAAACGUGCUCUAGACAUUGAGCAAAAAAAUCUUGGACCCGAGCAUGUUGACGUAGCGAGAACAUUGCAUCAUCUGGGUAAUGUACAGCACGAUUUGGGUAACCUAGAAAAGGCCAUGGAGUAUUACAAAUGUGCUUUAGAAAUUCAGCAGAAGAAUCUUGGUCAUGACCACAUUUAUUUUGCGUUUUCAUUCUUUACCAUGGGUGUCGUGGAAAGUGAACUGGGAAACCUGCAAAGCGCUAAGAAUUAUUUUGAGCGUGCUCUGAACAUUAGGUUGAAAACGUAUGAAGACAAAGAUGUUUAUGUCGCGCGUAUUUACGAUAACUUGGGUGAUGUAGAGCGUGAAUUGGAUGAUUUGCCACUGGCCAAGAAUUAUUGGGAACUUGCUCUAAAAAUUAGAUUGGAAAAGCUUGGACCCAAGCAUGUUGAUGUCGCGCAUACUUACCAUAACUUAGGUGAUGUACAGCGUGAAUUGGAUGACCUGCAAAAGUCCAAUGAGUCUUACGAGUGUGCUCUAAACAUUUGGUUGAAAAAGCUUGGACCCGAUCAUGUCAACGUCUCGCGUACUUUCUUUGGCUUGGCAAAUGUACAGCGUGACUUGGGUAACCUGCGACAGGCAAAGGAGUAUUGUGAACGUGCUUUAAAGAUUGAGUUGAGAAAGCUUGGACCCGAACAUGAUGAUGUCGCGCUCACUUACUCUAACUUGGGUGGCCAAGGAAUGUCACGAAAAAGCUUUAGCUGUAAACCGGAAAAAUCUUGA